CUUGUUUCUCUCUCUGCCAGGGUUGCUUCCCACAUCAUUCAUUUUUGUCAUGAAAACAAUUGGGCAAACCCCGCUGAUUCUCCUUAUCCUUCGAGUUCAGUCCGGACCCACAUGUGUUGUCGGAUCUGAACUAGGACGGGUAAACUUGGGGAGGGAUGAGCUCAGACCAGAACAGCCGUGUCUUCAAGUUGUAGCUUGUCCAAAUAUUGAUGGCGCUCAUCACCCCCCAAUUAGCCACCACCAUCGAAUGACGGCUGUAGACUGCUUGCCGAAUCUUGGUCAGACUCAAUUACAAGCUCAUGAAGACUUGCAGCCAUUUGGCAGGUAUGACCAGCUCCACGACUCACGAGAACAGUCGUCGGGUUUCAUUUCAGCUUCGUCAUCGCACGUCAAACCGAUGGAAAUUGAUUUCUUUAGAAAUGAACGGAAAAUUCCGUCUUCUCAUCUAAACGAACCUGAGCAUAGUUUGAUUUCUAACCGGGGCAUGAACUGUGAGCCAACCCAAACAGCUCCAUGCUUUCAAACAACCUCUAUCAUUCUUCAUCAGAUCUAUCCAAAAGCUGCUCAAAAACGGCUACAUGAUCAGUUAUUUUCUGAUUUUAAUGACCAAGACUUGGUCCUACUUGGGUGA